UCCGUGUCCGUGCGGUGACAUGCGCCACGGAGAGACGCGACAGCGGAACGUUGUCCCGCGUGCGCGUCCGCUCGUACCGUGAACGGUAACGUAACGCGGCAACUUGGACGCGUAUUGUCGAUGAUAAUCCCCCGUCUGUCGCGCUCUCUCGUAACGUAUACGCGACACUUGACGUUUCACCGCUAGAUCAAAACAAAUGCUAGCGUAACGUAAACCGAGCUAUUUUCGCUAUUGUCGAGCAUUCGCUUGACAAAGGGACGGAAAGAGAGAGAGAGAGAGAGAGAGAGAAAGAGUGGGCAAGAGGAAGGGAGGGGUGAAGAGAGAAUUUAGAAGGGAGUCGCGCGCGGAGUGGGAUGGGUCUCGCCUCCCCUACCGCGAGGAGAGCGAAUGAGACCUUCGUCCCCUACCGUGCGUGAGGGGUGCCGCGGGGAAUGGGUCGGCGCGACGAGGGGGAGGGGGGAGGCUUUGCUCCGGCGAGCAAAUCGUGUGUGUCAGACUCGUGGCAGAGGGGUCAGCGCGCGAGGGAAAGAACGACACGAAACCGAACCGUUUUCUGGGCUUAGCGGGAACGUGAGAUACGCACACACGAGCGGGCAGGAUGAACGACAUGGAGGCCUACGGGGACGGAUACAUGGCACCGGAGGAGGAAUGGGAGAGGGAGGGUCUCUUGGACCCCGCCUGGGAGAAGCAGCAGAAAAAGACAUUCACAGCUUGGUGCAACUCGCAUCUACGCAAAGCAGGCACUGCCAUCGAAUCGAUCGAAGACGAUUUCAGGAAUGGGUUGAAACUGAUGUUACUGCUUGAGGUGAUCUCAGGCGAGACCCUUCCGAGGCCCGACAGAGGCAAAAUGAGGUUCCACAAGAUCGCCAACGUGAACAAGGCCCUCGAUUAUAUUGCCAGUAAGGGCGUCAAGCUGGUUUCAAUUGGCGCAGAAGAGAUCGUUGACGGCAAUUUAAAGAUGACUUUGGGAAUGAUAUGGACCAUUAUCUUGAGAUUCGCGAUCCAAGAUAUCUCUGUGGAGGAGAUGACCGCGAAGGAAGGACUAUUGCUCUGGUGCCAGCGCAAGACGGCACCGUACAAGAACGUCAACGUUCAAAACUUCCACCUGUCUUUCAAGGACGGUCUCGCGUUCUGCGCACUUAUUCAUCGUCAUCGGCCCGACUUGAUCGACUACAAUAAACUCAGCAAAGAUAACCCGCUGGAGAACUUGAACACUGCCUUUGAUGUCGCUGAAAAGUAUCUCGACAUUCCUCGCAUGUUGGAUCCCGAUGAUUUGAUCAACACUCCCAAGCCGGAUGAGCGAGCUAUCAUGACGUAUGUGUCCUGUUACUACCACGCGUUCCAAGGUGCCCAGCAGGUCAAUAUGCGAAAUACGGCAAUGCCUGAUGAGAGGGCCGUGAUGACCUAUGUUUCCUCGUACUACCACUGUUUUAGCGGUGCUCAAAAGGCAGAGACCGCGGCUAACAGAAUCUGCAAAGUACUGAAGGUAAAUCAAGAGAACGAACGUCUCAUGGAGGAGUAUGAGCGCUUGGCUUCCGAUUUGCUCGACUGGAUACGACGAACGCUACCAUGGCUCGCGAAUCGGCAGACCGACAAUUCUCUUGCCGGUUGUCAGAAGAAGCUGGAGGAGUACAGAACGUAUCGGCGUAAGCAUAAGCCGCCACGUGUCGAACAGAAAGCCAAACUGGAGACAAAUUUCAAUACUCUUCAGACGAAGCUGAGGCUGAGUAACAGACCGGCGUACAUGCCCACGGAAGGAAAAAUGGUGUCCGAUAUAAAUAAAGCGUGGAGAAAUCUGGAAUUGGCUGAGAAAACAUUUGAGGACUGGUUAUUAUCCGAGAUGAUGCGUCUGGAGCGAUUGGAACAUCUGGCGCAAAAAUUCAAGCACAAGGCGGACGCUCACGAGGAUUGGACUGCUGGCAAGGAGGAGAUGCUCACAUCUCAGCAUUUCCGACAGUGUAAACUAAACGAGCUCAAAGCCCUGAAGAAAAAGCACGAAGCCUUUGAAUCAGACCUCGCGGCCCACCAGGAUCGCGUAGAGCAAAUUGCGGCUAUUGCUCAAGAGCUCAAUACACUUGAGUACCACGACAGUGCAUCUGUGAACGCCAGAUGCCAACGCAUUUGCGAUCAAUGGGAUCGCUUGGGUACGCUCACCCAACGUAGACGUCAAGCUCUCGACGAGGCCGAGAAAAUUCUGGAGAAGAUAGAUGUCUUACAUUUGGAGUUUGCCAAGCGCGCUGCUCCAUUCAACAAUUGGUUAGAUGGAACUAGAGAGGAUCUAGUGGACAUGUUUAUCGUCCACACGAUGGAGGAGAUUCAAGGUCUGAUGGACGCGCAUGCUGCGUUCAAGGCUACUCUGGGCGAAGCAGAUAAAGAGUAUAAUUCAAUUGUGGGACUGGUGCGUGAAGUCGAAUCCAUAGUUAAGCAAUAUCAGAUUCCUGGCGGCCUAGAAAAUCCUUACACUGCUCUUACUGCAAUGGACCUUACUAAGAAAUGGAGCGACGUUAGACAAUUAGUCCCUCAACGCGACGGUACUCUGGCCGCUGAACUUCGCAAACAACAAAAUAAUGAACUACUUAGACGACAAUUCGCUGAAAAAGCCAAUGUUGUCGGACCAUGGAUAGAACGUCAGUUGGAUGCCGUGACUGCGAUUGGUCUUGGUCUUCAGGGAACUCUCGAAGAUCAAUUACAUCGUCUGAAAGAAUAUGAACAGGCGGUAUACCAAUACAAGGUUCAGCUUGAAGAAUUGGAAAAGAUCCAUCAAGCAGUUCAGGAGGGUAUGAUCUUCGAAAACCGCUACACUCAGUAUACUAUGGAAACGCUGCGCGUCGGUUGGGAACAGCUUCUGACCUCUAUUAAUCGCAACGUUAACGAAGUUGAAAAUCAAAUUCUCACCAGAGAUUCGAAGGGCAUUACUCAGGAGCAGCUGAACGAAUUCCGCAGCAGUUUCAAUCACUUUGACAAAAACAGGACAGGUAGAUUGGCACCAGACGAGUUUAAAUCUUGCCUCGUGUCUCUAGGAUACUCUAUUGGAAAGGACAGGCAAGGUGAUAUCGACUUCCAACGAAUUCUGGCCAUCGUAGAUCCCAACAACUCUGGCUACGUGCACUUUGACGCUUUCCUCGAUUUCAUGACACGCGAAUCCACUGAUACUGACACGGCCGAACAGGUCAUCGAUAGUUUCCGCAUUCUCGCCGGUGACAAACCGUACAUCUUGCCAGAUGAAUUGAGGAGAGAAUUACCCCCGGAUCAAGCGGAAUAUUGUAUUCAGCGGAUGCCCCCGUACAAAGGACCGAGCGCUGUGCCUGGUGCUUUGGACUAUCGCUCCUUCUCGACGGCUCUAUAUGGCGAAUCUGAUCUGUAGAUGUACGUAAUAAUACAAAAAUCGAUAUUAUUCGUUACAGAAUAAUAACGAAACAGAUGAAAAAACGGAUCGGGUAUUCGUCAAUUGACAAGUGACAACAAUGCCUAAAAAUUUCUCCUACUAUUUUAGUACUCUAACGCAUCAACGUAUUUUUAUGUGGCGAAGUGGCGUUUAUGAAACGAAACUCAGUGUGAGAGAGUACAAUACGUACAAUAAUAUCAAUUAUAUACGCUAAUACUAAUAAUUGUACGUGCACAUAUACUUGAGGUUAUUGGAAUAUCCGAGGCUAGCAAGAAAGCAGGCGAUGUCAUUUUAACGCAAAGGGAUCUAAAUGUGUCAAAAUAGAUAUUAACUAAGAAUAUCUUCCACGUGAAUAAAAAUCACAUAUCAAACAUACGCACAGGGAAUGAAUAUUUAUGUAAUUUAUAUAAAUAUCUUAACGCGACAAUAAUGAAUAUUAAAUAUUUGGAUACCUUUCGUUAAAAGGAUAGAAAACGUAGAUUUAAACCCGAAGUUCGAAAUUAAUGUACUCUUUCUACAUUUUGCUACAUGCUUAUAUUCUUACAUUCUUUUAUAUAGUCUAUACUGAAACAAGGCAAUUUUAUUUGACUUUUUUUCUUAUCAAAAUGGUAAGUGCCAAUGAUACAUAAGAUCUUCCAUGAUUCUUCUCUUUAAACGGAAAGCAAUUGUAUAUUAGGCCAUACUUGAAAUUGGUAAUUGUAACAGAAAGGAGAAGCUCAUAUAAUUGGGUACGUGUAUAGUUAGUGAGUGCAUUGAUACUAAAGGCUCUCCGAUUAUUAAUAUGAUAGUACUGUUAGUACUACUUUUCCUAUAUACGUGUCAGAAUAUUUAUUCUAUAAAGUUCUAUAUUCUAUACAUUUUGUAUAUGAUUAUAUAAUGUGAGAGAUAUAUAUAUACAUAUAUUUUUAGACUUGCGAUUUUUGCCAUUGUAGCGUGAACGAAUUUCACGUGAUGUUUUUGAAUUGAAUUUUUCCAACGGAAUUACUUGUAUAUUUAUUAUAUUUCAUAAUCGCAUAAUGUUUGUCGGUAACUUAAACAUGGCUCUUUAAAAAUUGCCAAAUUUUAUAUCGCAUAUACAAUUUUACAUCGUGUUUACACACUCUAUAAAGCCGUAGAUCAAUGUUCGCACAAACAUCAAAAUAAAAGAGGAAUCGCUAAGGUACUAAAAUUCUGAAGAGUAAUAAUGACGAGUCUUUGCGAGUUCUAACGAUAUACAAAUCGACUUUCUCGCUAAGUAUCCAGAAAACGUACACUCGAAAUCGAAAUGUCUAUAUAUUUUUUUUAAGCGCGGCACUACGAAUCCUUAAAAUGACAGGAAAUGACCGUCGCCUUAUAUACUUUGUAAAUCGUAUAUUAAAGAUACGCGAAACGAAUACGCUGAACGAAACAAAUUAUUUAUUUAUUUGACUUUAAUAAUUAUUUAUUAUAUCGCUCCGCGCGCGCGUGCGCGAUAUAUAUAUAUCUAUUUUACGUAGUGAACGGAAUACUUUUCUCAAAGUAUUUAUUUUUAUAAAUAUCCCUCCGCAAAGGGCAAUAAGGCGCUGAUUGUAAUAUAGAGUCCACUGUAAAUCUCUAAAUCGCAGCUACCAUUUCUCGUAUCGCAUUUUAAGUACAACGUAGCUAUAUCUGUCAAAAGUGACAUCAGAAUUAUCAUUAUUGUUCGAAUCAUUGUGAAAAGUCAAUCUCUCAAUACACAAAUGCUCGUGUGUAAAAUGCAAUUAUUUUUCAGCUAAAGUAUACUGUAAGUUUCUUUUUUCUUCGUUUCGCUUGUUGCAGCUUUAAUGCGCUUUUGUCUAUCUUAACGCGUUUUUUGAGAGUUUACUUAAUUUCUCAUUCCUUUUUAUUUUUUUCUCUCUCGGAGUAUAUAUACUAUAUAGUAUAAUACAUUGGGCACACAGAGAGACGAGUAAUAUACGAGAAAUAUACGCCAAAGCAGAAAGUUGACUGCUGGAACAGUAUACACGCAGAUAAACGACACACACGCACUUUUUCACAUGUAUACGUACACAUACGUAAGAAAACAUACGUCAAAAGAGGAAGCGUAUAUUUUAAAACAUAUACGUAUAUGUUUACAUAUAUCUGAUGCAUCCCGAUAUCUGCAAACGAAUAUUCGAAAAUAAAGUUUGAAUGUUCGGAAAGUUUAUGUCUCCGAAUAUCUCGUUGCUGAACAAUUGUCAAAUAUUGUCAUAUAAACGAAUACAUUCUCAUUUAUAUAUAUACAUAUAGUAUACACGUACAAGUGUAAUUAUUAUUAUUAUUAUUAUUAUUAUUAUUAUUAUUUUAUGAAACAAUAUAUUAAUAUAAAAAUUGCGACAAUUUGAUCGAAACCUCGCUGAAACACGAUCGUCUCACACUGCAUUAUAUUUAUCAGCUACUACUGUAUUAUUGUUUUGCCCAUCUCAUUUUCCUAAACUAGAUUAAUAACAAAUAACAUUUGUGAAACGCAAAAAUAUCGGGAAAAAUAAAGAAAUUUAAAAAAAAGUA